GGUCUCUUCGCUCGCAGAGCGGCGAUGACGAGGAGUACCGGCGGAUUUACGCAACGAAAAUCAAACCCCGGCUGCGGUCGGAGGAGGGGCUGGAAGCGGAGUGCGGGGGGACGCAGAGCAGGACCAUCACGGUCACCAGGAAGGUGACGGCGUACACGGUGGACGUCUCCGGGCGCGACGGAGCGGAAGACGUCGACGUCGUCGGCCCCGAUUUCAAAAUCCGGAUCCCGAGGAAGGGUGAGGGCGAACCUGGGAAAAUCGCUUCCGUCCCGGCGUUCCAGGCCUGCUCGCCCGGAAUCGAAGCCAACGGACGUGGCGGGGACCUGGACGCGGGUUUUCAUCUCAAGGGUCCCAUGCUGGACGGCAAAGGACGCAUUCCUGUUCCCGGGGAGCUGCCGCACCCCGGUGCUUCGGCCCCCUUUCCCCCGGGCGAGCCCCAAAGCCCCGGCGCCGGGUUCCUCACCGGGCGUGGAAACCCCAGCACUCGACGUGGGAAAAAUCAAGAUUCCCGUCUUAAAAUGCCCAAAUUUGGGUUCCCGGCCGCGGGGGCCGGCGUUGAAGCUCAAGCCCCGCAGGUGGGCGCCAGCGUUGCUGCGCCGAAGCCGCAGGUUCCCUGCGUGGACAUUGCCUCCUCGUCCGUCCAGGUCACGGGACCGGAGAUCCCAGCUCCCGCCGUUCAAAUCUCAAAGCCACGGGUGGACGUGGGGGUCAAGGGCACCUCCCCAGAACUGGAGGACCUUGGCAUGGGUCUCCAAGGACGCGGGGUGGAGGCAGAUGCUCACGGCACCAAGGGGAAGGUCAAAAUACCGCACAUGACCUUCCCCAAAUUCACCGCUGUGGACUCGCAAGGGGAAGGGCCCGUGGUGGCAACGGCCCUGCCCAAGGGCACGGUGGGACCGGCAGCAGCCGAGGUAGCUGUUGGCGUGGCCGACGUGGCCAUCAAGGGCGAAUGGAAAGGCCCCGACGUCAAGAAGGUGGAAACGCCCCAAGUCUCGCUGUCAGACGUCAACGUGAACCUGAAGGGCCCUCAGGUGAAGGGAGACGUGGGCUUCCCCGGGGUGGAAGGGGACGUCAAAGGACUUGGCUCGAAGGGUCUCAAGAUGGCUGCAAAGGCACCUGGUGGUGAAUUUGGAAGUCCGGAAGGUUACCUGCAAGGGCCCAGGAUAUCCGCGCCCGAUGCGGACCCCAAGCUGAGUUGGGGAGUGGAGGCUUCUGUCCCAAAGAUGGGUGGCAGCUUGAAAGGGCCUCAGCUUGACGUCAAAGGCCCCAACCUGGGCAUGGAGAUGCCCCAGGUAGACAUCAAAGGUCCCAAAGUUACGAUGCCCGAGAUGCACGUCAAGGGCCCCAAGAUCUCCAUGCCUGACAUCGACUUGAACCUGAAGGGGCCCAGAGUGGACGUGUCUGCCCCCAAAGUGGAGGGGGAGCUGAAAGCACCCGGAGUUGACAUCAAAGGCCCCGGAGUUGACAUUGCAGUGCCAGACGUGGACGUCCAUGGUCCAGAGGGCAAACUGAAGAUGCCCAAGCUGAAAAUGCCCAAGUUUGGGGUGCCCGGCCUGAAGGGAGAGAGCCCCGAUGUUGAUGUGACCCUUCCAAAGGGUAAAGUGGACAUUUCUGGGCCCAAGGUAGACAUCGAGGUGCCAAGCGUGGACAUCAAAGGUCCCGAAGGCAAACUGCAAGGUCCCAAAGUUACGAUGCCCGAGAUGAGCUUCAAGAUGCCCAAGAUCUCCAUGCCUGACAUUGACCUGAACCUGAAAGGGCCCAAGGUGAAGGGAGAGGUGGACGUGUCUGUUCCCAAGCUGGAAGGUGACAUCAAAGGCCCCAAAGUUGACAUCGAAGCACCAGACCUGGACGUCCACGGCCCAGAGGGCAAACUGAAGAUGCCCAAGCUGAAAAUGCCCAAGUUCGGGGUGCCCGGCCUGAAGGGAGAGGGCCCCGACGUUGAUGUGACCCUUCCAAAGGGGGAGGUGACUGUUUCUGGUCCUGGUGUGGAUAUGGAGGUGCCAAGCAUGGACAUCAAGGGUCCUGAAGGCAAACUGCAAGGCCCCAAGGUCCGUGUGCCAGACGUCGAUCUGCACCUGAAAGGCCCCACAGUGAAGGGGGACGUGGAUGUCUCCAUUCCCACGGUAGGGGCUGAUUUGAAAGGUCCUGGACUUGACAUCAAAGGUCCCAAAGUCGCCAUUGAAGCACCAGACGUGGAUGUCCAUGGUCCAGAGGGCAAACUGAAGAUGCCCAAGCUGAAAAUGCCCAAGUUCGGGGUGCCCGGCCUGAAGGGAGAGGGCCCUGACGUUGAUGUGACCCUUCCAAAGGGUAAAGUGGACAUUUCUGGGCCCAAGGUAGACAUCGAGGUGCCAAGCGUGGACAUCAAAGGUCCCGAAGGCAAACUGCAAGGUCCCAAAGUUACGAUGCCCGAGAUGAGCUUCAAGACGCCCAAGAUCUCCAUGCCUGACAUUGACCUGAACCUGAAAGGGCCCAAGGUGAAGGGAGACCUGGAAGUGUCUGCCCCCAAACUGGAGGGGGAGCUGAAAGCACCCGGAGUUGACAUCAAAGGCCCCAAAGUUGACAUUGAAGUGCCAGAUGUGGACGUCCAUGGCCCAGAGGGCAAACUGAAGAUGCCCAAGCUGAAAAUGCCCAAGUUCGGGGUGCCCGGCCUGAAGGGAGAGGGCCCUGACGUUGAUGUGACCCUUCCAAAGGGGGAGGUGACCAUUUCUGCGCCCAAGGUAGACAUCGAGGUGCCAAGUGUGGACAUCAAAGGGCCCGAAGGCAAAGAUCUCAAACUUAAAAUGCCCGAACUCAACGUUCAGACGCCAAAGCUGGCCAUGCCCGAUGUAGAUCUCGGUUUGAAGGCCCCCAAACUGAAAGGAGACGCAGAUGUCACUGGUGUGAAGAUCUCCGGAGAGCUGAAGGGCCCCAAAGUAGAUGUGGAGGGUCCCAAAGUGGAUGUUGAUUUGCCUGAGGUGGACUUGGAAUGUCCCGAAGGAAAAAUAAAAGGCCCCAAAUUUAAGAUGCCCAAGCUUAAUAUCAAGGCCCCAAAAAUAUCCAUGCCGGAUGUGGAUUUGAACCUGAAGGGACCCAAAGUGAAAGGAGAGCUGGAUAUUGCGGCUCCCAAGAUGGAAGGUGACCUGAAAGGGCCACAAAUAGACAUUAAGGGGCCAAAACUGGAUGUUGAGACACCCAAUAUUGACUUGGAGGGCCCUGAAGGGAAGGUGAAGGGCCCCAAGUUCAAGAUGCCCGAGAUGCACAUCAAGGCCCCCAAGAUCUCCAUGCCUGACAUCGACUUGAACCUGAAAGGCCCCAAGCUGAAGGGAGACGUGGACGUGUCGGUUCCCAAGCUGGAAGGUGACAUUAAGGGCCCAGAGUUUGACAUCAAGGGCCCCAAAGUUGACGUUGACCUUCCUGAUGUUGAGCUGGAAGGCCCAGAGGGGAAGGUGAAGGGGCCCAGGUUCAAGAUGCCUGAGAUGCAUUUCAAGGCCCCCAAGAUCUCCAUGCCCGAUGUUGACUUCAAUCUCAAGGGCCCCAAGGUGAAGGGAGACGUGGACGUGUCUGUUCCCAAGCUGGAAGGUGACAUCAAGGGCCCCGACUUCGACAUCAAGGGCCCCAAGGUCGACAUCGAGGCCCCUGACGUGGACAUUCAUGGCCCCGAGGGGAAAUUCAAGAUGCCCAAGUUCAAGAUGCCCAAGUUUGGGAUGCCAGGGCUGAAGGGAGAGGGCCCAGAGGUGGACGUGAACCUGCCCAAAGGGGACAUUGAUGUUUCCGUCCCAAAGGUGGACAUUGAAGGUCCAGAGCUGGACAUUGAAGGGCCAGAGGGGAAGGUGAAGGGCCCCAAGUUCAAGAUGCCCGAGAUGCACAUCAAGGCCCCCAAGAUCUCCAUGCCUGACAUCGACUUGAACCUGAAAGGCCCCAAGGUGAAGGGGGGCGCUGAUGUUUCCAUUCCCAGGCUGGAAGGUGACCUGAAAGGACCUGAUGUGAGUAUUAAAGGGCCGAAGUUGGAUGUUGAGGUUCCUGAUCUUGAUGUUGAAGGUCCUGAGGGAAAAUUGAAAGGACCCAAGCUAAAAAUGCCAGACAUGCACCUGAAGGGACCCAAGUUCUCCAUGCCCGAUGUAGACUUGAACUUGAAAGGUCCCAAAAUGAAGGGAGAAAUGGAUGUUUCCGUACCGAAAGUAGAGGGUGACGUGAAGGGCCUGGACCUGGAACUCAAAGGGCCCAAAGUGGACAUAGAAGCUCCUGACCUAGACUUGGAGGGCCCAGAAGGAAAGAUAAAAGGUCCCAAGUUCAAGAUGCCCGAGAUGCACUUCAAAGCCCCCAAGAUCUCCAUGCCAGACUUUGACCUGAACCUGAAAGGUCCCAAAGUCAAGGGGGACGUCGAUGUUUCCGUUCCACAACUUGAGGGGGACUUGAAAGGCCCGGACGUUGACAUCAAAGGCCCGAAACUGGAUGUUGACCUUCCUGAUGUUGAGCUGGAGGGUCCUGAGGGGAAGGUGAAGGGCCCCAAGUUCAAGAUGCCCGAGAUGCACAUCAAGGCCCCCAAGAUCUCCAUGCCUGACAUCGACUUGAACCUGAAAGGGCCCAAGCUGAAGGGAGACGUGGACGUGUCUGUUCCCAAGCUGGAAGGUGACAUCAAGGGUCCUGAGUUUGAUAUCAAGGGCCCCAAAGUUGACAUUGACCUUCCGGAUGUUGAGCUGGAAGGCCCAGAGGGGAAGGUGAAGGGCCCCAGGUUCAAGAUGCCCGAGAUGCAUUUCAAGGCCCCCAAGAUCUCCAUGCCCGAUGUUGACUUCAAUCUCAAGGGCCCCAAGGUGAAGGGAGACGUGGACGUGUCUGUUCCCAAGCUGGAAGGUGACAUCAAGGGCCCCGAAUUUGACAUCAAGGGCCCCAAGGUUGACAUCGAGGCCCCUGACGUGGACAUUCAUGGCCCCGAGGGGAAAUUCAAGAUGCCCAAGUUCAAGAUGCCCAAGUUUGGGAUGCCUGGUAUCAAGGCGGAAGGCCCAGAGGGGAAGGUGAAGGGCCCCAAGUUCAAGAUGCCCGAGAUGCACAUCAAGGCCCCCAAGAUCUCCAUGCCUGACAUCGACUUGAACCUGAAAGGCCCCAAAGUGAAGGGAGAUGUGGACGUGUCACUUCCCAAGCUGGAAGGUGACAUCAAGGGUCCUGAGCUGGACAUCAAGGGCCCCAAGGUCAAUAUCGAGACUCCCGACGUGGACAUUCACGGCCCCGAGGGGAAAUUCAAGAUGCCCAAGUUCAAGAUGUCAAGAUGCCCGAGAUGCACAUCGAGGCCCCCAAGAUCUCCAUGCCCGAUGUUGACUUCAAUCUCAAGGGCCCCAAAGUUGACAUUGACCUUCCGGAUGUUGAGCUGGAAGGCCCAGAGGGGAAGGAACCUGAAAGGGCCCCCAGAGGGGAAGGUGAAGGGCCCCAAGGUCGACAUCGAGGCCCCUGACGUGGACAUUCAUGGCCCUGCGGGCAAAAUCAAGAUGCCCAAGUUCAAGAUACCCAAGUUUGGGAUGCCUGGCAUCAAGGCGGAAGGGCCCGAGGUGGACGCCCAGAGGGGAAGGAACCUGAAAGGGCCCCCAGAGGGGAAGGUGAAGGGCCCCAAGGUCGACAUCGAGGCCCCUGACGUGGACAUUCAUGGCCCUGCGGGCAAAAUCAAGAUGCCCAAGUUCAAGAUACCCAAGUUUGGGAUGCCUGGCAUCAAGGCGGAAGGGCCCGAGGUGGACGUGAACCUCCCAAAAGGAGAUAUUGAUGUUUCUGUCCCAAAGGCGGACAUUGAAGGACCAGAGCUGGACAUUGAAGGUCCUGAGGGAAGGGGAAGGGCCCCAAGUUCAAGAGUCAAGAUGCCCGAGAUGCACAUCGAGGCCCCCAAGAUCUCCAUGCCCGAUGUUGACUUCAAUCUCAAGGGCCCCAAAGUUGACAUUGACCUUCCGGAUGUUGAGCUGGAAGGCCCAGAGGGGAAGAACCUGAAAGGGCCCCCAGAGGGGAAGGUGAAGGGCCCCAAGGUCGACAUCGAGGCCCCUGACGUGGACAUUCAUGGCCCUGCGGGCAAAAUCAAGAUGCCCAAGUUCAAGAUACCCAAGUUUGGGAUGCCUGGCAUCAAGGCGGAAGGGCCCGAGGUGGACGUGAACCUCCCAAAAGGAGAUAUUGAUGUUUCUGUCCCAAAGGCGGACAUUGAAGGACCAGAGCUGGACAUUGAAGGUCCUGAGGGAAGGGGAAGGGCCCCAAGUUCAAGAGUCAAGAUGCCCGAGAUGCACAUCGAGGCCCCCAAGAUCUCCAUGCCCGAUGUUGACUUCAAUCUCAAGGGCCCCAAAGUUGACAUUGACCUUCCGGAUGUUGAGCUGGAAGGCCCAGAGGGGAAGAACCUGAAAGGGCCCCCAGAGGGGAAGGUGAAGGGCCCCAAGGUCGACAUCGAGGCCCCUGACGUGGACAUUCAUGGCCCUGCGGGCAAAAUCAAGAUGCCCAAGUUCAAGAUACCCAAGUUUGGGAUGCCUGGCAUCAAGGCGGAAGGGCCCGAGGUGGACGUGAACCUCCCAAAAGGAGAUAUUGAUGUUUCUGUCCCAAAGGCGGACAUUGAAGGACCAGAGCUGGACAUUGAAGGUCCUGAGGGAAGGGGAAGGGCCCCAAGUUCAAGAGUCAAGAUGCCCGAGAUGCACAUCGAGGCCCCCAAGAUCUCCAUGCCCGAUGUUGACUUCAAUCUCAAGGGCCCCAAAGUUGACAUUGACCUUCCGGAUGUUGAGCUGGAAGAGGGGAAGGUGAAGGGCCCCAAGGUCGACAUCGAGGCCCCUGACGUGGACAUUCAUGGCCCUGCGGGCAAAAUCAAGAUGCCCAAGUUCAAGAUACCCAAGUUUGGGAUGCCUGGCAUCAAGGCGGAAGGGCCCGAGGUGGACGUGAACCUCCCAAAAGGAGAUAUUGAUGUUUCUGUCCCAAAGGCGGACAUUGAAGGACCAGAGCUGGACAUUGAAGGUCCUGAGGGAAGGGGAAGGGCCCCAAGUUCAAGAGUCAAGAUGCCCGAGAUGCACAUCGAGGCCCCCAAGAUCUCCAUGCCCGAUGUUGACUUCAAUCUCAAGGGCCCCAAGGUUCGGGGAGACGUGGACGUGUCUGUUCCCAAGCUGGAAGGUGACAUCAAGGGCCCCGAAUUUGACAUCAAGGGCCCCAAGGUCGACAUCGAGGCCCCUGAUGUGGACAUUCAUGGCCCUGAGGGCAAAAUCAAGAUGCCCAAGUUCAAAAUGCCCAAAUUCGGCAUGUCGGGGCUGAAGGGAGAGGGCCCAGAGGUGGACGUGAACCUCCCUGAAGCCGACGUCACUAUUUCAGGUCCGAAGGUUGACGUUACUCUGCCUGACCUGGACGUUGAAGGCCCAGAGGGAAAACUGAAGGGCCCCAAACUGAAGAAGCCCGACGUGCACUUCAACGUUCCGCAGAUCUCCAUGCCGGACAUCGAAUUAAACUUGAAAGGCCCCAAAGUCAAAGGUGACCUUGAUCUUUCAGCUCCCAAAAUCGAGGGCGAGCUGAGAAGUCCCAAGGUGGACAUCAAAGGGCCAGAACUCGAGGUCGAGGGAGCCAAGCUUGACCUUGAAGGGAAGACGAAAAAACCCAGGUUUAAACUUCCCAAAUUUGGCUUUUCUGGCCCUAAAGGGCAAAGCGCUGACAUGGACGUGAAACUUAAAAAACCCGAGGUGGACAUCUGCGGUCCGAAAGGUGACAUCCAUGCUCCAGAUGUGGACGUGCAGGCCAAAGCCAAAGGGUCAAAGUUUAAAAUGCCCUUCCUGAGCAUCUCGUCCCCUAAAGUGUCGAUGCCGGACGUGGAGCUGAACCUGAAGGGGCACAAAGUAAAAGGAGAGUUGGAUGUUUCCAGCCCAAAGCUGGAAGGGGAGCUGAAGGGUCCCGAGGUGGACAUCAAAGGCCCCAAAGUCAACGUUGAGGCACCGGAGGUGGACAUUCAUGGGCCUGAGGGUAAACUCAAAAUGCCCAAGUUCAAAAUGCCUAAAUUUGGCGUGGCCGGGGUGAAGGCCGAGGGGCCGGAGGUGGACGUUGGCCUUCCAAAAGGAGAGCUGGAUGUUUCGGGUCCCAAGCUGGACAUGGAAGGCGUUGGUUUGGAAAUUGAAGGCCCCGAGGGGAAGUUCAAGGGCCCUCAAUUUAAGAUGCCAGAUGUGAACAUCAAGGCCCCCAAGAUCUCCAUGCCUGACGUUGACCUGAACCUGAAAGGCCCCAAAGCCAAGGGAGAUGUGGAUGUUUCUCUCCCCCAGGUGGAUCUGAAGGGCUUGGAUGUGCAUGUGAAAGGACCAAAAGUGGAUGUAGAGGUCCCAGACCUUGACAUCGAAGGUCCCAAAGGAAAACUGAAAGGCCCCAAGUUCAAGAUGCCUGAAAUGAAUAUCAAGGCUCCAGAUAUUUCCAUGCCAGACCUCGAUUUGAAUCUGAAAGGGCCCAAGGCAAAAGGAGGUGUGGACGUCGAUCUGUCAGGGCCAAAAUUAGAAGGGGACCUGAGCGUGCCGGGCGUUAAUAUCAAAGGACCAAAAGUUGACAUUGAGGCUCCUGAGCUGGAUGUUGAAGGGCGAGAAGGCAAACUGAAAGGUCCCAAGUUCAAGAUGCCCGAGAUGCAUUUCAAGGCCCCCAAGAUCUCCAUGCCCGACGUUGACUUCAAUCUGAAAGGCCCCAAGGUGAAGGGAGACGUGGACCCCGACGUGGACAUUCACGGCCCCGAGGGGAAAUUCAAGAUGCCCAAGUUCAAGAUGCCCAAGUUUGGGAUGCCGGGAUUGAAAGGAGAGGGCCCAGAGGUGGACGUGAGCCUGCCCAAAGGGGACAUUGAUGUUUCUGGUCCAAAAGUGGCCAUUGAAGGUCCAGAGCUGGACAUUGAAGGCCCAGAGGGGAAGGUGAAGGGCCCCAAGUUCAAGAUGCCCGAGAUGCACAUCAAGGCCCCCAAGAUCUCCAUGCCUGACAUCGACUUGAACCUGAAAGGCCCCAAGCUGAAGGGAGACGUGGACGUGUCGGUUCCCAAGCUGGAAGGUGACAUCAAGGGUCCUGAAUUGGAUCUAAAAGGACCCAAAGUAGACAUCGAUGUUCCCGAUGUGGAGAUUGAAGGACCAGAAGGGAAACUGAAGGGCCCCAAGUUCAAGAUGCCAGAGAUGCAUUUUAAGGCUCCCAAGAUCUCCAUGCCGGACUUUGAUCUGAACCUGAAAGGCCCGAAAGUGAAAGGGGAUGUGGAUGUGUCUGUGCCGUGUGUGGAAGGUGACCUGAAAGGGCCAAAAGUUGACGUUAAAGGUCCUGAGGUGGACAUUAGUGCCCCAGAUGUUGAAAUCGAGGGCCCAGAGGGGAAGGUGAAAGGUCCCAAGUUCAAGAUGCCCGAGAUGCACUUCAAAGCCCCCAAGAUCUCCAUGCCAGACUUUGACCUGAACCUGAAAGGUCCCAAAGUCAAGGGGACGUCGGAUGUUUCCGUUCCACAACUUGAGGGGGACUUGAAAGGCCCGGACGUUGACAUCAAAGGCCCGAAACUGGAUGUUGACCUUCCUGAUGUUGAGCUGGAGGGUCCUGAGGGGAAGGUGAAGGGCCCCAAGUUCAAGAUGCCCGAGAUGCACAUCAAGGCCCCCAAGAUCUCCAUGCCUGACAUCGACUUGAACCUGAAAGGGCCCAAGCUGAAGGGAGACGUGGACGUGUCUGUUCCCAAGCUGGAAGGUGACAUCAAGGGCCCUGAGUUUGAUAUCAAGGGCCCCAAGGUCGACAUCGAGGCCCCCGACGUGGACAUUCAUGGUCCUGAGGGGAAGUUCAAAAUGCCCAAGUUCAAGAUGCCCAAGUUUGGGAUGCCGGGAUUGAAAGGAGAGGGCCCAGAGGUGGACGUGAACCUGCCCAAAGGGGACAUUGAUGUUUCUGGUCCAAAGGUGGACAUUGAAGGUCCAGAGCUGGACAUUGAAGGCCCAGAGGGGAAGGUGAAGGGCCCCAAGUUCAAGAUGCCCGAGAUGCACAUCAAGGCCCCGAAGUUCUCCAUGCCCGACGUGGAUUUUAGUCUGAAAGGGCCCAAGGUGAAGGGAGAUGUGGAUGUCUCGGUGCCGAAGUUGGAAGGGGAUUUGCAGUGUCCAGAUGUUGACAUCAAAGGCCCCAAGCUGGACAUUCAGGCACCCGAUGUGAACAUUGAGGGGCCGGAAGGAAAAGUGAAAGGUCCCAGGAUCAAGAUGCCGGAAAUGCACGUCAAGACCCCCCAGAUCUCCAUGCCGGACAUCGACUUGAACCUGAAGGGCCUGAGGCUGAAAGGCGAUGCUGACCUCCAGGGUCCGAAGCUCGAGGGAGGUCUGAAGGGUCCUGACGUUGAUCUCAAGGGCCCCAAAGUCGAUAUCGAGGGCCCAGAGGUUGACGUUGAUGGUCUGGAUGGAAAGAUGAAGAUUCCGAAAAUGAAGCUGCCCAAGUUUGGGUUUAAAGGAGAAGCCCCCGAUGUGGAUGUGAACCUGCCAAAGGCAGAGGUGGAGCUUUCAGGCCCCAAGGUAGAGAUCGGUGUCCCGGAGGUGAGUGUUGAAGGUCCAGAGGGCAAAGUGAAAGGUCCUAAACUGAAGAUGCCAGAAGUGCAGGUGAAUGUGCCCCAAAUCUCCAUGCCCGAGAUCGAUCUGAGCUUGAAAGGCCACAAACCAAAGGGGGGCUUUGACGUUCCCACCCCAAAGCUGGAAGGUAGCCUGAAAGGCCCGGAAGUCGCCAUCAAAGGCCCCGAAUUCGGAGUGAAGAGCCCUGAAGUUGACGUUGAAUGUCCUGACCUGAGUGUUGAAGGCCCCGAGGUGAACGUCAAACUCCCCAAGUUCAAGAAACCAAAGUUUGGGUUUGGGAUGAAAAGCCCGAAGGUGGAAAUCAAGGCCCCGGGGGCGGAGGUGGACUUCCCCGAGGCGGAGCUGAGCGCGGAGUCGCCCGACGUCAGCGUUGCCGGGAAGGGCAAGAAGAGCAAGUUCAAGAUGCCAAAACUGCACGUGAGCGGCCCGAAGGUCAAAGGCAAGAAGGGCGCGUUCGAGGUGAACGCGGCUGGGGGGGAGGGCGACGUGAACUGGAAGCCCCCCGAGGCGGAGCUGAGCGUAGCUGGUCCAGACGUGACGCUCAAAGGUGAGGCUACGGUGAAGUCCCCCAAGGGGAAGAAGCCCAUGUUUGGGAAGAUCUCCUUCCCGGACGUUGAAUUUGAUCUUAAAUCGCACAGAUUCCGCGGGGAUGCUUCGGUGGCCGUCCCCAAAAUGGAGGGGGACCUUAAAGCACCCGAUCUAGAAGUCUCCCUGCCAACCGCCAAAGGUGACGUCAAAGGCCCGAGUCUCAAUGUGGACCUUGAUGCCUCGGACGUGAGCCUGAAGAAACCCAAGUUGAAACUUCCCGGUGGGCAGGUGGGCGUUGGGGACUUGAAGAUCGAGGGUGACCUGCAAGGCCCCACCCUUGACGUCGCCGUUCCCUCCAUCCCAGCGCCGGAUGUCGACUUAAGCGUGAAAGGACCAAAGUUAAAAGGUGAAGUCAACGUUCCUGGAGUAGAACUGGAAGGUCCCGAAGGAAAACUGAAGUUGUCCAAGGGGGGGAAAAUGGGUCUCGGUUUGGGAAUGCCGGAUGCAAACUUGGACCUCUCGGUCCCGGCCGUGGAGGGAAGCGCGAGCCUCCCUUCGGCCGCCGUCAGCCUCCGAGGCGUCGAGGUGAAGCUCAAAGGGCCGCAGGUCUCUGGGCCCGAGUUUGAUGGAAGCCUGAAAGGACCAAAGCUAAAGGGAGAUGUGGACGUUCUGAGUUCUGUGGAAGGGCUGGACGUGGCCGGCAUCGCCGGAAAGCUGAAGCUGCCGAAGGUCAAAGGCCCUGCUGUGGAGGCACCGGAUUGGAGCGUGAAAGGAGGCAUCGACUGCUCUGUCCCACAGCCGGGGGCCGACGCAACGGCCCCGGGUGCAGAUCUCAGUCUUGGGAUCCCAGGUCUCCAUCUCAAAGGGCCGGCGGUGGCCGUUUCCGCCCCAGAUUUGGACAUGAACCUGAAAGGACCAAAGGUGGAAGGAGAUGUCAGCGUUUCCGCCGAUGUCACCCCUCCCAGGGCAGCAGCGGACGCGUCCGAUGUUGGCUUUGAAAUUCUGGGCGGCACCAUCAAGCUCCCGUCCCUCAAGCUCCCCCAGUUUGGCAUUUCCAGUCCUGGCACGGAUGGAGCUGAUGGCAGCAUCGGUCUCGAAGGUCCCCAGGUGAAAGGAGACCUGAAGGGCUCCGGGGCUGGCGUUGGGUUGGAAGGACCCGACGUGGAAUUGAAGGGGCCUAAAUUUCAAAUGCAGUUGCCCGGCGUCUCCUUGCCGGCCGUUGACCUGAAGCUGAAAGGACCAAACCUCCGGGGCGACGGGGAUGUUGCCGGUGAAAUCCAAGGUCCAACCGUCAGCGUGGAAGCACCUCGUCUUGACGUGAGGGAGCCCGGCGUCCACCUGGAGGCUCCCACCUUGGACGCGUCUGCACCCAAAGCUUCUGGGUUGGGUUUGAACGUCAACAUCAAAGGGCCGAAGAUCAAAGGUGGCACCACCAUGGCCGGAGAGGCGCCCGCCGUGAGCGUUGGGGGCGGCACGCUCCACGUUACCGGCCCCAAGGUGGGACUCGGAGGGGCCAGCGUCACCACCAGCGUCCCGGAAAGCGUCCCGGGCAAAGUGUCCUUCCCCAAGCUGCGCAUGCCCAAAUUCCUCUUUUCAGACCCGGAGGUGAAGGGCAGGGAGAUGGGCGUCGACGUCGAAUUCCCGGGGGCGGACGCCAGCCUGCAGGCCGGCGGGGGGGGGAUUUGGACAUGA